CAAUUUCCUAAACACAGCUCAGUCACUAUAGUACCAUCCGAGGCCAGGGCAGGGGAGAGAGGUGUGUGUUGGAUGUAACACCGGCUAGAAGGUGACCCGCUGAAACAGAAGACUGUUGGACAACGAUUUGACAUGAGCAGGGUGCCCUGAUAUGGACAAAGAGAUGAUUCCCAAAUUUUCGUCAAAGGAUGAGGAAGUUGAUUACUGGAAGUCCCAAGCUCUCAAAUAUAAGAAAAGUUGCCAUGAUGCCCAGGAAGAACUGCAGGAGUUCCAGGAGGGGAGCCGGGAGCUGGAAGCAGAGCUGGAGGCACAGCUUUGCCAGGCUGAACACCGCCUUCGAGACCUCCAGAGUGAAAAUGAGAGACUGAAGAAUGAGAUGGCGAACCUCAAGGAGAAGCUGGAGCAGCAGUAUGCCCAGAGUUAUAAACAGAUUUCUAUGCUAGAGGAUGACCUGGGCCAAACACGCAGCAUCAAGGAGCAGCUCCACAAAUACGUCCGAGAGCUUGAGCAGGCCAACGAUGACCUGGAGAGAGCCAAAAGGGCAACAAUAGUGUCUCUUGAGGACUUUGAGGGCCGUUUAAACCAGGCCAUUGAGAGAAAUGCCUUCCUGGAAAGUGAGCUGGAUGAGAAGGAGUCUCUUCUGGUAUCUGUGCAGCGGCUGAAAGAUGAAGCACGAGACCUGAGACAGGAGCUGGCAGUACGGGAGCGGACUACAGACAGGAUGUCAGCACCCAGCUCACCCACCUUAGACAUCGACAAGAUGGAUUCUGCAGUACAGGCCUCUUUAUCCCUCCCAGCCACACCCGUAGGAAAGAGCAUAGAGCACCCCUUCAUCAGCUCAAAAGCCUUGACCAAUGGCUGUGGCAACUCAUCCCUCACUCCUUCUGCUAGAAUCUCAGCUCUUAAUAUUGUUGGUGACCUCCUGAGGAAAGUUGGGGCUUUGGAGUCCAAACUUGCCGCAUGUAGGAACUUUGCCAAAGACCAGGCAGCAAGAAAAAAUUUCUCCAAAGACAACGGCACACUCCUCAACAGCAAUGCCACCAAGUUCUCUCACUCUCUACAUACCACUUACUUUGACAAAACGACUGUUAAUGGAUUGGACCCCAGCUCCUUGACCUCCAUGGCAACAUCCAGAGCCAUGUCUCCACCAGGCAUGCUGCCUCUGAGUGUGUGAGGCGUCCCGCACCGCAUAAACCUCUGCUGAAACUCACCCAACACAAUGUGGGAACAGAGAGGACACUCGAAAGACCAUUGCUGUGUACGUGUGUACGUGUGUACGUGUGUGUGUGUGUGUGUGAGAGAGAGCGAGAGAGUUUGAAAGGAAGAGUGGUGUGUGUUUCCUCUUUGGGAUUGUGCAUUUUUGCGCGCAAGAGAGGCUUGACUGUACAAUGAACUUGCCUCCAGUUUGCAGCUCUAAAUGCAUCUGUGAGUAGGUGCACAGUGAUGUGCGCAUAUGUUCCUACCACAUACUUGCAUGUGCCUAAAGCUGUACUGUACUUUGCUCGUAUGAAUGUCACUGCAAAUGGUGUUGCUCUCUAGAUGUCAACUCUGAAGUGGCUCCGUUGUACUCUUAGUUCCUCUGUUGAUCUGAAAACUACUAUCCCUGACAAAAGGUCCUUGACAGACCACAGCUUCCUCUUAACCUUCUUUCCCUCUUGUAUUUUCACUUAAAUUGCACAGAUAAACUCAUUUCAGUUUAGAAUGUAUUAUAUUUAAAAAGGGAUAUGUUCAUAUUAACUAAUUUAUCUCACAGUAUCCUUUAAGAUGAAAUGUUUCUUAUUUGCUAUUUUCUCGCGUGUGUGCAUAUGUAAUGUGGGGUUGGGAGAGGUAGAGUUGGACCCCAUAUUCAUGACUGAAGUGAAUGUUGAUCGUUCAAAGCCGUGUAGCCAUAGUGAAGUUGUUUUUUUCGUUGCUGCCUGGCUGCUUGCUGUAAUUCCUUUUGGAAGUAGUCUCCAUGUUAAAGCUUGGGAAUACCAGCGGGUUCUGUGCUCUGGGUUAAACCUGCACUUAAACAAACAGCUCCUCACAGGUUUCGCUGCAGUCGAGUGUUUUCCUCUGUGGACAUCCAUUGACAUUUCGAGGGUUUAGCCUUUUUUAUGUUUCAUGAAUACAUUUUUAUAUAUAUAUAUAUAUAUAUAUAUAUAUAUCUUGCGACAGGCUCAUUUACCUCAUUCUGUGAUCUAAUGGCAAAUAUCCACGGUGGAUUCGUAAGAUGAGCAGGUGGAUUUGGGCUUUAUAAAGCUUUCACGAAAAGAUACUCCAAGCAAAACAAAACUGACUCAAGGAUCCAUUUUGAGACUUUUUUUUUUUUUUUUUACCUUUGCUUGUGUAUGUGAAUUCAUGGUCAUUUGUGUCAUGCAGCAUAUUCUGCUAAUUAUCUGUUAUUGUGUGAACUUAAUGUUAAUUUGACUUGACUUGAGCAGGUUUGAUAUUGGCAAUGCCUUCAUUUUACAUCCCAGAAUUUUGUCUAAAUCCAUUUUGCCCUCAUAUUUCUCCCUUUCAUAGACCUUUGUGUCACCAUCUUGACAUGUUGAAGCAUAAUUUGAAGCCUUUAGUAUUUGAUUAUGAGAUGUCACUCUGUGAGCCUGUUCUAAAGUGUGUCAGUGUGUAUAUAACUUGUAAGAAUGGUAAUUUUGCCUACCACAUUUGUACAUACUGACAUUAAGGUCCUAUUUAUUUUAGGUUCUGUAUGGCAUGUGCAGAUAAUGAAUGGUUAAAGCCGUUGUGUUAUGAUAUCAAAUUUGUCAAAAUUGUUUGAGUAAAUAAAGACUGAUGAUAAAUAUGA